GACACGCUCGCUGAGGGGCUGUCCUCCGGCUCGACUCCACCUCGCUCGGCGGGUGUGUGAAAAGGAUCCAGCCCGUUAUUUCAAGGUUAUCUCCUGCAGGAGCCUCGCUUUCCGGAUCCUAUGGGAAUUCUGAUAACCGCGAUUUUUCUUUGGGCUGCCGUCGGAGUGGGAAGCCGGCCAGUAACCUCACCCCUCAACAAUGCAAAGGUUGAAUGCGUUAUUCAGGAGACACUGAAUGAGGAUGGGUCACAUCAUGACUGUGGCCCACAGCUAGAAGAGGAUCUUGAUGAGGUGCAAAUACAUCAGGGUCUCCUCAGGGAGCUGCAGAAACUGGCCGACGAUGAGAGAGAAAGGGAGCAUGUGGAUGAAAGGGAGAGGUACGAGGACAAUCUGGCCGACGAUGAGAGCAACGUCGAGCAGGGGGACGAGGAGGCGAAGGGCGAAACAGACGUGAGCAGCCCUGCAAAAAAGACAGAGGGAGAGAAAGAAGAAGAGACAGAGAGUGAUGACACCAAGGAGAAGAUCAUGGAAGAGCCGCGGAUUGAAGACAAAGGGAGGGAUGAGGAAGAGGAGCGAGCCAAGGAGCUUGAGGAGCUGCUGGCCGAAGAGAUCACCAAGAAAGGCAAGGAGGAGAGCAAUGAUGAAGAGCUCAAAGAGCUGCUGAAGGAGCUGAAAAAGAAGCGAUAUGAGGCGGUGAAGGAGAGGGAGAUCCAGAAAGGCUCCGCACCAGAGCAGGAGGAGGAGGUAGAGGAAAAGACAAAGAAGCAGGACAAAGACAAGGAAGGAGAAACGGUGGAGGACCAGGAGAAGCAGAGGAUUGAGGAAAGAAGGAAGAACGAGGUGGAGCUGAUGGUGGAGAAGGAGAAGGUGGAGAAGGAGCUGAAGGAGCUGUUGAACGAGCAGGACACCAACACCCAGCCGGAGCAAGAUAGGGUGAGGAAGGAGAAGCAGGAGGAGCUGGACGAGCUCGUCCGGAAGAUGAAACGGGUGCAGGAAGAGGAGGAGCAGGAGGCCCACGUUGUGACGAAAGAAGGCGACGUGGUGGAGGAGAAGAGCGAGAAGAAGGAGGACGACGAAGAGAAGGAGGCGGAUGGGAAGGCGGAGAAUGAAGUCAAGAAGAACGCAGAGGCGGUGGGGGUGAAGGAGCCGCAGCAGAAGAGGGUGAUGGAGAAGGCGAGCGAUGAGGCCACGAGGCAGUUUGAGCGGGAGAGGUACAAGAAUGAGGAGGAAGAGGAGGAGGAGAACGGAGAGGAGGACGAGGACGAAGAUGAAGAUGAGUACGUCAGAGAGGACGAGGACGGGCAGGAGGAGGAAGACAACGAGGAAGGUGAUGCAGAAGAAGAUGAAGGGGAGGAGCUGCUGGAGAUUGAAGCCGAGUUGCGCAAAGUCGCUGCAGAGCUGAGGGAGCUUCGCAGAGGAUAAGACGCGCAUACAGCAGACUAACAAAAACCCAUUCACGCUCACACAUUCAUCUCACACGUUUCCCACUUAACAGCCUUCAAAUCCGUUCAGCACUCCCUUCAGAGAAAUGUCUUUAGAUGUGGAUCUGUAAAUGGACGUUAGUAGAAACUGUACAUACGGUUUGGGUUUCAUCUCCGCUUCUAGGUCGACUGGAAAAGGCUCUCACCGUUGCCUCGUUUGAGCACAACUGAGGAAAACGAGACGCAGUUCUCCAGAAAACCUUAAAAGCUCGAGUCCAUUGUUGAUGUCCCUGUCUGAGUUCUUGUUGCGGUUCGUGAGGUAGACAGGUGAUUUCACUUCAGUUGUAAACUGCCAUGAAUGCAAAGCAUUCCACACUUUCACUAAAACGUUCAUUUUGAUUGCCAGCCACGAAGAGUCACAAUAACUGGCAGUCAGCGCUUCUUUUUCUGAAAGGAAUCAUCUUUGAUGGCGUGUUCUCGUUGGGAAUAACAGGUUCCCUACUAUAAGUCAUUUGUGUAUUUUAAUAGCUAUAUUGUGCAAUAAUCUACAUGUAAGCUGUUCCUGCUGUUCCGACUGUUAACGAUAUGUAUUACUAAUAUUUAUACGCGGGAGUAAGUCAUGAGCUCCUCUUCAUUUCUUUGGUGAUAGAGUAGAACCAAGGAUUGUGUUUCAUUUGGCUCACGCACUGUUAAAACCAGACUGUUUGUGGCGAACCGGGGGGUGACACGAGUAAAACACACAAAAAACGAGGGUAGCGAUUGGAAAUCUGCACACCAACACACACGUCGGAUGGUUUGUGUGGUCUGGUGUUGUGCCGCGACAGGAUGUGAUGUGCUUAGAGCUUACAAGGUCUAAAAGUGUCACUUCAGGUUCACUGCCAGCUUUGCACUCUUAUCUUAACAAGCCAAGGAGGAGUCGAGAGGAAGGAGGAAGGAGACACUAAAGCCAUUUGUUGUCUUUCGGUAACACUGACAAUAACAUUGAUAUUCACUCCGUAGUGUUCACACAUCACACUUUUCAUGGGUGUCAUGUUAUUUAUUUGUGUAAAUAUUAGAUAUGUGGUCUGUAAGCCAAGGUCAUUUGAAAUAUGAAGAAACAGCGCCCCCAAGAGGACUUUGGGUAGAUGUGCACAUGGUGCAGGAUUAACAGGGUUACCACUAGAGGCCCACUUACCGCAAUAACACAAUAUAGACUACAGCACAUGUGAAUGCAAUAAUUAGCCAAAUAAUGAGUAUUUCAUUUAUUUUAAUAUGUAAUCAAAAUGCAUCAUAUAGUACUCAUAAUACAAAUAUAAUCUGUUUUCUACACUUCCAAGAUUUACAAUAUGUACUUGGACACUGGCAAAGCAGCGGGCCAGCUCGUGUAAACAAUAUUACCAACACACGACACUCAACACUGAGGAGCUCAUUACAGUCGAUUCCAAAGAGGAGGCGUUUGUUCACCUGAGAACACAGGAAAAAAUGAAUGUACUGUAGUUUCCUUUUUCUAUAAAAGUGCAAAAUAUAUCUUACAAACCAGCACAGGAGCUGUAGGUCUGUGGGGCGGGGGCAUAGAGGACAUUUCAAAAAAUACAGGAAAAAAUUGUAACAAAAACAUAAUUUGUAAUAUUACUGGCCUAUCAGAGUGCUGUAUUUUGUGCCUGCUGUAUCUUCUAUGCUACUCGUCAAUCAAUAAACAGAAAGUGGAACCAACA